CAAAUUUGCAGUCUACAUUUGCAAAUACAAUUAGUAAACGUAAUCCGUGCAAGUGACACAAAGAAAAAGAACCGAGACCGUUAAGUAAAUAAAUACUUAGUUUUUGUGAAGUGCGGUUGCACGCAGCAACUUGCAACCACUUGCGUCGCGUAUUAGAGUGGGUGUAGAAAAAGACCCACAUACAUACAUACAUACAUAUUUGUACAAUCAUCACACAACAGUCUACACAUCUAGCGCAAACAGCACCAGAAAAACAAACAUCAAAGAUGACCUCUUCGCUGUGUCACUUCCUUUGGCGAUUGAGUGUCGUAGCGCUGGGCGCACUCUUCUUCGUCGGCGGCGUUUAUAUGUUCGCAAAUUGGAUUGAUAUAUUUACGCGCAUGCGUGGUGAGAAAAUGGCGCUCAGUCCCGAAUCGCCUUCUUAUGCGGGUUGGAAAGUUUCACCGCUGCCACUCUACUUUGACGUAUACCUCUUCAAUUGGACAAAUCCGGAAGAUUUCUAUGUGGGCUCUGGCAGGAAGCCACGAUUCGAGGAACUGGGACCAUAUCGUUUUCGAGAAAAACCAGAUAAAGUGGAUAUUCAGUGGCAUAAUAGCAAUAGUUCUUUGUCAUUUCGCAAAUAUGCGGCAUUUUAUUUUGAUGAAGCCAACAGUAAUGGCAAACUAUCGGAUCGGGUAACAUCGGUCAAUACAGUGGCGCAUGGUGCUGCCUUGAAAGCCGUUAAUGGGUCAUAUAUCCAAAAGCGUAUAUUAACAAAUGUUUUAAAAAUGUACAAGGAAGGUUUAACGGUUACCAAAACCGCUGACGAGUGGAUGUUUACGGGCUAUCGUGAUCCGCUAGUAACAAUGGGCAGUUUUGCAUCGAAAUUCGUCAAAGAUAUUGUGGUGCCAUUCGAUCGUAUCGGCUGGCUGUACAUGCGCAACGAUAGCUCCGCUUAUGAUGGCCACUUUAAUAUCUAUACCGGCGCUGAUGAUCUAAGCAAAAUGGGUCAAAUUUACGAAUGGAAUCAUAAAACACACAAUGGCGUCUAUGAGGGUGAAUGUGGUCGCAUUAGAGGUUCGAUGGGUGAAUUUUUCCCACCAAAUCUUACUCCAAAAGAUACAGUAGAAAUGUAUUUGCAAAACUUGUGCCGCACAAUGCCAUUGGACUAUAUGGAAACAGUGAAAAUUCAUGGAAUCACAGCUUAUAAAUAUGCUGCCACCGAAAGGGCGCUUGAUAAUGGCACACUCUAUCCGGAAAUGAAAUGUUUUUGCGUGAACGGUGUGUGUGAGAAAUCGGGCGUUAUAAAUUUAGGGCCCUGCCAAUAUGAUUCACCGACUUACACAUCCUAUCCACACUUUUACAAGGCUGAUCCUAGUUAUUUGGAAGCGGUUGAAGGUCUCUCACCCGAUCCAACCAAGCAUGAGUUCUUCAUGACACUCGAGCCAAAUGGUGGCGUGCCCAUGGAUGUUGGCGGUGGCUUUCAGGCAAACUAUCUAAUGUCACCCGUGCCAGGCAUGCCUCCCUUCGAUAACAUUCCACGCACGUUUAUACCGCUUAUGUGGGCUGAGGAACGCGUGCGCGUCACACCAGAAAUUGCCAGCCAAAUCGCUUUGGUGCCACUCAUCGUUACACUGGGUCAGGUGGCGACUGGCAUUAUGUUUGCCAUUGGGGUUUUGCUCAUCUGUUGGUAUCCAACAAAAUAUUUAUCACACGUUUGUCGUGAUCCGAAGAGUAAAAACGCUCUACUCAAUCCGAUUGUGAACACAACAGUGCGCUCGAUUGCGUUAACGCCUUUGCAUAAGCCACAAAAGGAGGUCGUUAGGUUGCUGGACAACAGUCAAUUAAGCUCCGAAGUUGUACGAAUCGAAGGUAUGUUGGAGGCAAGCGAAAGUUUACUACGGCCGCCACCAACACCACCACCACCCUCAUCGCUUCAUGUGAUAAGUAGAUAGUAUGCUCAUCAGGACAAUGAAUAAAGUGCUCAGCGCGAGAGAGCGCCUGCCAUUGUUUAGUGUUAAUAUGCAAUUAAAUUGAAAAACAAAAAACGAACAGAAUUAUAGUUAACUGUGCUAAACUGUAAAUAAUGAAAAACACAAGCAGCCUCAUAGACAGUAGAAUCCAAAAAAAAAAAAUCACCAACGUGCAUACUUAAUUCUCUUAAGUAGUAUGGUAUCUAAUAUUGCUAAAAAUAAGUCCAUGUAAAAUAGUAAUUGUACUAGAUGCUUGUAAUGGUUAAUUUAUAAAAUAAUAAUUUUUAUAUUCAAAACCGGUUCAUGAACAUUUUGCGUACUCACUGUAGCUCUGAGAUAGAAACGAAUUGAUACAACAAAUUUUA